UCGACUCUGAAACUGUAAUAACGCACCGCCUAUCGCCAGCUAUCUACACGAGGACUGUACGCUUCCUUCCAAAGUCUUGGGAAACGUUCGCGACAAUGCGAGUGGAAAUGUACACCUACGGAAAAUAUUCUCCAACAGACCUGGGGAUUGCCAGUGGAGAACUCCCUGAUAGCCAGAUAACAGCCUCGUCUUACAGAGACACCAAUCCACCUUGGGAAGGUCGUCUAUUUUUUCAGAGCAACUUAUUUUCCUGGUGCAAUGUGUUCAGCCUGGAUCGUAAGCCGUGGUUGCAGUUUAACUUAAGCCACGUCAUGCUGAUAACUGCCGUUGCCGUGCAACCCCGUGGAAUCAUAUCAGCCCGCUAUGCCAAGACCUUUCAAGUGAUGUAUCAUCAACAUGGCCAAAUGACCACAUAUAAAGACAAAGGAAAAUCAGUCCCAAGAACAUUUACUGGAAAUUCAAACGGCUUGGAUAAGGUGGUCACAUCAGAGCUUGACAGGCCUAUCGUCGCUUCCGCCGUACGACUUGUCUUUCUCACUGUUUAUCAGUACAACAAUUGGUUUUGCGCCAGAGCUGGAGUCAUUGGACACAGAAAAAAGACUGUUUGUCCUCCAGGAUGGCUUCCAUUUACAGAAAACUGCUAUUUUUUUAGCGUGAACAAAGUAGCAUUGCUCGACAAAGAUGGAGCGCGAGUGAAAUGCUAUGAGAAAGGUGCGAACCUGACAGAUAUAACAGACGCACAGGAGCUAAAAGCGCUUAGUGCCAAUCUGAGGAUCGACACCAGGUAUUUUAUUGGAGCGGAUGAUAACAAAACUGAAGGAGAGUAUCGCUGGGAGGAUGGACGCAUUGCAGAGCUUCAAGGCUUCUGGCGAGAUGGUGAACCUAUUGAGAGCUCUGAUAGGAACUGUGUAGUGUUGAUGGAGGGAAAGCUGGAAGUCUAUUCUUGCGCUAUACCGUUAGCAGGGCACAUUUGCAAGAGAAAAGCGGAUGGUGGAUAUUUUGGCACUCCGAUUAUAUUGCCGAGCCUUCCUGAUGUUGAAGUCGAGAAAGGUAAAUCCAUCAAGCUGCAGUGCCAGGCCACCGGUGACGCGGUCAUCUACAUCGCUUGGUUACACAACAACACUCUAGUCCAGAAUCGGACGAAAGACACUGCGCUUGUGUUUGACAAAGUACCGCUGACCGCUAAAGGAAGUUGGAAAUGCGUCGCGUCAAACCAUCUUGGCCAAGACACUAAAUCAUUCUACCUCCAUGUAACUGACCCUGUGCAACCUCAGGGUGAUCAGAUAUUCAUGCAGCAUCAGCAACCCUCGGUUCUCCCUCAAGAUCACGUGAUCUUUACAAUGCUGGAGGCCGACACUCUGGGCUGCUUGACACAAUGCUUAGGCCGAACAGCAUGCCGGUCCUUCAGCUACAGCCCGACCGAGGCUAUGUGUAUUUUAUUCUCCACCAGUCACGUGACCGCAAACCUGGAGUAUCGGGAGGGAUUCCAGUAUUUCUUUCUGUCUGACGUGGUGGUAGCUGAUCACUUCAGUGGUCUUCAGUGAUCAAAUGAUUCCGCUUUCUGCCAGGUGAUUUGAGUAAUCUGCUCGGGUAACAUGUCGGGAGGGGAUGGGGAGAGCAAGUCAGAGAGAGAAGAUUUCAAUGUCCUUCAGAAAAUACUCACGAUUAAAUGAAUCAGCAUCUAAAAAAAA